AUGUCCAAAUCAAAUUAUUCAUCUCAACGUUCAUCAUCUCGUUCACAUCAUUCAUCAUCUCAUCGUUCACCAUCACAUCAAUUACAUCGUUUAUAUUUACAUGAAAAAUAUUCAACAUUUCAUGUUCACUCGUCAGAUUAUGAAGUUGUAUUUGUGAAUAACGAAACAUCAACAAAUACAAUGAACAAAUUAUUGAAACAUGUGAAUACAUGCAAACAAUAUUCGAUAGACACCGAAUCUGAACGAGCAAACAAUCAAUUAUCAUUAAUACAAAUUAAUUCAAUAAGAAGAAUUAUGAAGUAUUUAAAAGGUGAUCAUUAA